UCUGGUCAAGGAGGUUGGCCUAUGAGUGUAUUUUUAACACCUGAUUUGAAACCAAUUGGUGGUGGAACAUAUUAUCCACCUGAAGAUGCAUAUGGACGUCCUGGAUUUAAAACUAUUCUUUUACACAUGGCUAAAAGAUGGAAAAGUGAUUCAAACUCCAUGUUGGAAAAUAGUUCAAAAAUGAUGAAAAUACUUAAUGAUACUACAGUUUUUGAUAUACAACUUGGAACUGAACUUUCGAAUAUUAUGAAACCCAAUCCCAAGACAUGGAUAACAUGUUACUCACAAAUUAAGAGAAUUUAUGAUGAUGAAUGGGGUGGUUUUGGUAUGCCACCUAAAUUCCCUCAGCCAGCAAUAUUAGAUUUUCUAUUUCACGUAUCAAGUAAAAUGUCAAAAUCGUCUGAGGGAAAACAGAGCUUAGAAAUGGCAUUGACAACUUUACAAAAAAUGGCCAUGGGUGGUAUUCAUGAUCACAUYGGCCAAGGUUUUGCUAGAUAUUCUACAGAUGAAAAAUGGCAUGUACCACAUUUUGAAAAAAUGUUGUAUGAUCAAGCUCAGUUAGCUGUGUCAUAUACCACAGCCUUCCAAAUAACCAAACAUGAGCAGUAUUCAGAUGUUGUUCAUGAUAUCUUGCAAUAUGUCAGUAGAGAUUUAAGUCAUAAGCUAGGUGGAUUUUAUAGUGCUGAAGAUGCAGAUUCACUGCCUACAGUUGAUUCUACUAAAAAACGUGAAGGAGCUUUUUGUACCUGGACACAAGAAGAAGUAAAAACACUCUUAGACAAACCUCUUGAUUUAAAACCUGAUAUUAUGCUAUCUGAACUAUUUUGUUGGCAUUUUAGUGUUUUACCUAAUGGUAAUGUUCGACCAGACUCUGAUCCUCAUGGAGAGUUAUUGAAUCAAAAUGUGUUAAUAGAGUUCAGAAGCAAGGAAAGUACUGCUAAAAAGUUUCAAAUAACUGUGGAAAACGUAGAAAAAGAAAUUAAAAUUGCUAAAAGCAUAUUAUUUGAAGCACGAAAAAAAAGACCUCGGCCACAUUUAGAUAAUAAAAUAAUAACUUCUUGGAAUG